GGUAAGCCCGAUCUAAGCCCCAACAUUUGGUCCUUCGAGCCGGAUCGAAGGAAUUUCCAACCAGAAAAUAGCCGGUGAGUACGCAAUUUAGUUACUUGUAUGCGGAAGAGGCUUGGCACCAAGAAUAGCCAUAUCAAAGCCUAAUACAAUUGGUGGUAGCACAAAACGCAUGAGCAAGCAACAGCAGAAUAGGAAUUCCCGCCAAACAAAGUCAUUCAAUCACUACACUGGGUGAUCAGAUAGCGCGCAACGCCUGAGGCACAUUUUUUAUUACUUUUGGCACUUUGAAUAUUUUUUGCGCAAAUUGAAAAAAGGCAAUUUUGGAAAGUUUGCCUUCAAACUUAGGUCUUGUGGGUGGCAGUCAAUCGCGUAAGAGUGUUGUUCCGCGUCGGGAAGGAUUUUGUCGUUCGAUUUGUUCAGCACUCUCGGUAAAGUUGGUACACCGCGACGGGAAGGAGCAAAUCGUUCGAUUUGUACCAAUCUUUCGUUCCGUGUAAGAGACUGACAUCCGCGACGGGAAGGAUUAAUCGUUUCGAUUGUGUCAUUCUCUCGAAGUGUGGUGGUAGUGAAGUGAACUAGCGGUGCUACUAAAAUCAGUGCUAAAAUGUCGAAGACAGCAGCGAAGUUGGCCGAUGCCAUGAGCCGCAGAGAUGUGAUUUUUGCGAUGGUUGAUGCAGUGGAAGAAUUUAUUGCGCAGUAUAACGGAGAUCGUGAUCAUCGACAAGUUCCAGUUCGGAUGGAAACCUUAGACAGACUGAAUCUGGAGUUUGCCGAAGCCCAAACUGACAUCGAACGGAACGACGAUCAGGAGAAUAAGAAAUCCCAUUUAGAAGAACGUGUGCAGUUCGAGGCCCGUUAUUGUGAAGCGAAAGGUUUUUUGCUCUCUACCAGUCCCCCAGCAGACGCAAAUCAAUCUUCGGUGUGCAAUGCAACCUUGCUCGGUUCUGUUCCCCCUUCGUUCCAUCUCCGCUUGCCAAAAAUUGAUCUCCCAAAGUUUAAUGGUGACUUUUCUCGUUGGCUGUCGUUUCGGGACACAUUUUCUUCAAUGGUUCAUUCAAACUCGGACAUCCCAACCGUAGCCAAACUGCAAUAUUUGCUGCAAUGUUUAGAAGGAGAAGCACGUAAACCUUUUGAGUCAGUUGAUGUUGAGGCCAACAAUUAUGGAAAUGCCUGGAGUACACUUCUUAAGCGGUACGAUAACCGAAAGUUAUUGAAGCGACAGCUAUUUAAGGCCAUUUACGAUCUCCCACCAGUAAAUAGAGAAUCCCCAGAAGAUUUGCACAACCUGAUUGAUGAUUUUGAUCGACAUGUAAAGGCGAUGGCGAAACUAGAUGAACCCGUUGAACAUUGGGAUACCCCACUUCUGAAUCUUCUCUCCUACAAACUAGAUCAUGUGACAUUGCGUGCUUGGGAAGAGAAGACCAGCGAAAAUGAUGACGUUAAAUACACCCAAAUGAUAGACUUCCUUCAUCAGCGAGUUCGUGUACUGAAAACAGUUAUGCCAGCUAAACUCCAGCAAUCGGAAGUGGCCAAAUCGACUGGUUCAAAGUACACUUCCAAGAAGAUGGUAGCAAACACAGUAGCAGCAGGGGCAAAGUCCACCUUUCCUUCUUGCGUCGCCUGUAAAGAAAAACAUCUGUUAUUCCAAUGCCCAAGGUUUGAGAGUUGGCCCGUUCAUCGUCGCCGUGAAUUAGUAGCAUCUAAGCGCUUAUGCUUCAACUGCUUCCGAUCAGGUCAUGUUGCCAUGAAGUGUGUAUCCAAGUACACUUGUCGAACAUGCCACGAAAGGCAUCAUUCUUUACUACACCUUCCCUCGUCAUCGAAGUCUAGCAUACAAUCCAUCCCACAGUCCAUACAACUCCAAGCCGCACAACCUCAAGCCGUACAACCACAAGCCGUACAACCAUCAGGCCUACAAUCGACAGCGAUAGAACAACAUGGCACUUCAGCACAACAUGUUAGCCUAUCCGUCCAAUCGUCAAACAGCACAGUAUUACUACAAACAGUGGCGCUGUUAAUUGUUGAUAAGCACGGAAACGAGUUACCGGCCCGUGCGCUAUUAGAUUCCGCCAGCAUGUGUAAUUUCAUAACGAAAAAAUUAUCGAAUGCACUUGAUCUUCGUCGAAAAACAGUUGACAUCGCGGUUUCAGGAAUCGGAGAUUCUGCGAAGCAGAUAAGAUGUCAGUUAACUGCAACGAUACGUUCACGAGUUUCUCCAUUCACAACCAGUUUAGAGUUCCUAGUUCUCAAGAAACCGACAGCAUGUUUGCCAACAGUACCCGUUGAUUUCUCACAAUGGGGAAUGCCUGAUGUUACGUUAGCCGAUCCAUCAUUUAACAUCCCUGCCGACAUCGAUCUUGUUGUUGGAGGCGAAGUGUACCACGAAUUUUACAAUGGCAGCAAGAUCUCUCUUGGCGAUGGAUUACCAGUUCUCGUCGACACUGUGUUUGGAUGGACGAUAUCCGGGUCGGCACCGAUUAAAUCAAAUCAAGUCCCUCUAGUGUGUCACCUUAGCACUGUUGAUCGUGAUCUUGAACAAGCAGUGCAACGUUUUUGGGAACUCGAAUCUAUAAUACCGUCAUCAUUGUACACAAGUGAGGAGAAGAAGUGCGAAGAAUUGUUUAUCACUACCACCACUCGCGAUUCGUCCGGUCGUUUCGUCGUUCGACUGCCACUCGCGUGUGACCCUCAAGUAACCAUCGGCGACUCCCGUGCUAUCGCUGAACGUCGCUUUCACAGUCUUGAACGAAGACUGUACCGUGACCAGCAAAUCUGUGAAGACUACACCAAAUUCAUCGAAGAAUACAUUCGGCUGGGCCAUAUGAUCAAACUCGAUGAUCCUGUUGAUGAUUCUUACCCGCAUUGCUACCUUCCGCAUCACCCUGUAUUCAAAGAAUCGAGCACCAGCACAAAGAUCCGUGUAGUCUUCGACGCAUCCUGCAAGACGUCGUCUGGUUUUUCAAUAAACGACCUGCAGUUAGUUGGUCCAGUAAUUCAAGACGAUUUGCUGUCGAUCGUCUUACGUUUCCGCAAGCACCCAAUAGCCCUUGUAGCAGACAUCGAGAAGAUGUAUCGCCAGGUGAAAUUACAUCCGAAUGAUUGCGUCUUCCAACGAAUCCUUUGGCGAACCGAUCCCCAAGAUCCCAUUCGCACAUACGAACUCCAAACAGUUACGUACGGUUUUGCCUCAGCACCAUUUCUGGCCACCCGCGCACUCCAACAGGUGGCCGAAGAAGAAAGCGACAAGUAUCCCGUGGCGGCAGCAAUAUUUAAAAGCGACUUCUACAUGGAUGACUGCCUUACAGGUGCAAAUGAUAUUCGUUCAGCUAUUGAGUUCCGCCGACAAGCAACAGAUUUAGCCAACUCUGCCGGUUUUCCAUUAAAAAAAUGGGCUUCCAACGAAUCAGCCGUCUUAGAAGGAAUUCCACUAGAAGAUCUAGCAGUUUCGCCUGUUCAUAGCCUUCAAGAUGAGCAAUCUGUUUCAACUCUUGGUCUUGUGUGGGAGACCAAAACCGAUGUGCUCCGCUUCCGUGUACAGUUGCCGUUACCUGCAGCUGUGCUGACUAAAAGGAAAAUAAUGUCCUAUAUUGCCCAGAUUUUUGAUCCCCUCGGGUUGGUGGGUCCUAUAAUCACAGUUGCUAAACUGUUCAUGCAGUUGUUAUGGUCGCUUAAAACCGAAGAAGGCCACACAUACGAAUGGGAUCGUCCACUACCGCCGCAGUACCAGGUUGACUGGAAAACCUUCCACGGGACGCUAGACACCAUCACCACCCUCAAAGUUCCACGAUUCACAUCAAUCGCCCAGGCAACAUCGAUUCAGCUGCAUUUUUUCUCAGAUGCCUCUGAGAAGGCGUACGGCAGCUGCUGCUACAUGCGUUCCGAAUGUGCCGGAACAGUACGAGUUUGUCUGUUAACAUCGAAGUCGAAGGUAGCACCCCUAACCAGUCACCACUCUAUCGCCCGUCUAGAACUGUGUGGAGCAGUUUUGUCGACUACGUUGUAUGAGAAGGUUUCACGUGCUCUCCAGGUUACCGCUGACGUUUAUUUUUGGACAGACUCCACCACCGUUCUCCAUUGGUUACAGUCCACCCCGGCACGUUGGAAGACCUUUGUUGCGAACAGAGUAUCCGUGAUUCAAAACAAAACCGAUAUCAAAUCUUGGAAACACGUCCCCGGUGUAUCAAACCCCGCCGAUGCCUUAUCACGUGGAAUCAGUCCAACCGAAAUCUCUGAUCAUCCACUCUGGUGGACUGGAGCUCCAUGGCUUGCCUUGCCAACGAAGGAUUGGCCUCAAACAGAACUAUCAAGUGCUAAAACAGUUUCCAUCCCCGAAGAAAGAACACCCGUGGUGUCUUUAGCUGUAUCCGAUCAAACAGAAGAUUUCGCCUCCAGAUUAUUCGGCUUAUACUCCAGUUACAGCAAACUGCGCCGCACGGUGGCCUACUGUAUGAGAUAUCUACGUGCCGUGAAGGCUGUUAGGCGAAACGAGAGACUCGAACCAUUUCAAUAUCUGGAAUCUACCGAUUUGAAGGACGCAGAACUAGCUUUGUGUCGUCUAGCUCAGAAGCAGCACUUGUCCGAAGAAAUUGCCAGCCUAACUAAGAACGGUCGUGUUUCUCCAUCAUCGCCAUUGAAAUAUCUACGCGCUAGACUCGACCCUGACGGAAUAAUCCGACUCCGUGGUGUUCUGAGCAAUGCACACCUUCCUGAUCAUGUCAAACAUCCAAUAGUUCUGCUUGCUAAGCAUCCGUUGGCGAGCCUGUUGGCCGAUUACUAUCACCGAACUCUACUCCACGCCGGCCCGCAGCUCAUGUUAGCAACAAUUCGCCAAAGGUUCUGGGUCAUAGGUGCACGUGAUUUAGCCCGUCGUGUUUAUCAUCAGUGCCAUAGGUGUUUCCGCAGUAAACCCAAGAUGAUUGAGCAGAGCGUAGCAGAUCUUCCAAGUUCCCGAGUUGCUCCAAGACGACCAUUUGCAGUUUGUGGUGUUGACUACUGCGGCCCAGUGUAUAUCAAAUCUCCGGUGCGGAACCGAGGUCCAACGAAGGCCUACAUAGCAAUUUUUGUUUGUUUCACUACUCGAGCCGUGCAUAUAGAGCUGGUUUCAGACCUGUCAACAUCAGCUUUCAUCGCAGCCUUACGACGUUUUGCCGCUCGAAGGAACACACCACACGAAAUCCAUAGCGAUAAUGGAACAGCUUUCCGAGGUGCCCACAACGAACUGAGACGUAUUCACCAGAUGUUGAAGUCCGACGCUGAUGGUAGAAAACAGAUUCUCGACUGGUGUGCCGAAGCAGGUAUAACUUGGAAAUUUAUCCCACCUCGUUCCCCCCACUUUGGAGGAUUGUGGGAAGCAGCGGUUAAGUCGGCAAAACAUCACUUGCUCCGGGAGAUUGGACAAACCAACAUCACGUACGAAGACAUGACAACAUUGUUAACAGAAGUUGAAAUGUGUUUAAACUCAAGACCACUCAUUCCAAUUCCAACUGAGCCCGACGACAUAGAAGCGCUUACGCCUGGACACUUCCUUGUUGGAGGAAGCCUGCGAGCACCACCCGAUGAAGAUGUUGCUGAAGUUCCCGAUAACCAUUUGACACACUGGAAGCUUACCCAAAAAAGGUUCCAGCGUAUAUGGAGGAGAUGGUACCCAGAAUACCUUCAGCAACUACAAUCCCGAGCAACGAAGCACCAGAAGCCAGCAACUGUCAUCCAAGAAGGAAGUAUGGUCGUUAUCCACGAUGACUUGCUGCCACCCGCUCAAUGGCCGCUUGGUAUCGUCAAGAAACUGCACCCCGGUAAAGACGGCGUUGUUCGAGUGGUAACGCUACGAACCGGAAAACGAGAAGAUGUUAGGAGGUGUGUCAACAAGCUGGCCCUGCUUCCAAUGCCAGAUCCGCCAGCUGAACAAUGAAUCCUGAAAUGAAGACCUGGUAGAGCACGCCGAAAUUUGCUCGAGGCGCUCGUGGGAAUAUCGCAGUUGCAGAGGUUCCGUGGCACAGUGUUGUGCCUAUCCGUAUCCGCCCGAGUGGCCUGGUAGCAAGUAACGCUGCCAAAUCCCAAGAUCCUAGUCCGUGAGAGAGCCUUGUCCUGUCGAUGUCCCAAACGAUCGACAAUUCCCAUGAUCAUCCAUCCAGCUAGAAGUGUUGAUCAUCUGUACGUACGCUGACUGCGAUAGUUGGCAUCCACCUGAAGACGGCCGUGUUCCCUAUGUUGCGGCCAACCCCCUACGCUAUAGCAAUCCAGCUUCCAGCUAGCCCUGCUGAAGAUCAGCAGUCCCAAGAUAUGUCGAAGGAGAAGUAUCAUUUUUGUUAUUUUGAAAUAAGCCAUUUCAAGGUGGCCGGAAUGUUGGUACCAAUGAAAAAUCUAAACGAAAAGAUCUUUGAAAUGAAACAUAAAAAUCUAAAUCAUUUUAUUUUGUAGUCACCUAAAUAGAGCCUACUCACAAUCGGAAUUGUUUUAAAGUAAUGCUCUGAGUAAAGCUCUCAAAUUGUGUACCUUUGUUCAAGGUACAACAAAUGUAAAAAGUUCAAUAAACUAGUGUAUAGUUAGAACCUCAUUCUGCUCGGUUGCGCGUUUUUUUAUCCACCAAAGACGAAGCCUAAAAUUCCCUAAAUAAAAGGUUUUCAAACUUAUUUAAUUUCGUCGAAACCCGUUGAUUUAUCCCGGCAAAGUGUGCCGUUGUUGUGCGGUGUUAAGUGGCGUUUGCAGAUUGCGAAAUAUUGGUGCUUUUGCGGAGUAAUUUCACCCUAGUUGUUCAAGUGACGAUAUACGACAUAAAUUUUCUGGACCGUUUUGAUAUUCGCAGAGUAAACGGUAGCAAACCCUUCGGUACAUCUGGUAAGCCCGAUCUAAGCCCCAACAAUCAUAAAGCCAAUCCGUCAUACUGGGUGAAGUGUUUUACGGCAUCGAAAAAAUGUUAAAAUUUGUACAUCUUUUGCUUAAUUUUCUAAAUUUUCUCUGAAAAUCCAUAACUUUAAAAAACUAUCUCACGAAACAUUCAAGGGAAAACGAUACAAAAGGUAAUCAAAAUUGUUUACGCUAAAACGAAGUGUUUUAGGCCAACAGUGUGUUCAGGACAUUUUCCCUUCAUUACAAGUACUUCAAAAUGAGCUAUUGAUAAAAGUUAUUUAAUAACCCAGUAGUGAGUUGGAAAAAUUUUUUUUUGUAAAAAGUGUAGUAAUUGUUUUGCAGACGUCAUUGAAAACGAAAAAUAUUGAAAAAAAAAUAUGAAAAAUAGCUGUUUUCAAAUAACUGUAUCUUCCUAGUUCGGGUGAGUUCGGUUAAUGUUUUGGUUAUAUCAUAAUCAGGCGGAUAUUACAUUUGUGAAAACGUUUAUAAACCGUUUUUUAAGCUGUAUGAUUGAUU